AAAAUGUGGAAUCGAUUAUUUAUUUUUACUAUUGGCAGUCCUUAUCUGACUAACUAGGAAGUGUCAAAAUUUGCAAAGUAGCAAGGGAAAUCAUCUUAUUUUUAUCGACCUAAAAGUACUGUAGUUCAAAUAAGUAUUGAUAAUUUAAUUCCUCAGAUCAGGAAAAUGGUUGUGUUAGUGAUGUAGUUGUGAACUUAACAGCAGUGAAAAAUCACCAGGAUCCUCCAUAGGUGUAGACAAAAUAUUUAAAUAUAUAUUUUUGUGUAGAUAAAAACAUCAACAGCAUAUGUCAACUAUGGAUUCCACAGUGAGCAGUUCUAGUCCUCCUUUAGAUUUAAAUUCAACACAAAAUACCGAGAUAGUAGAAUCUGCUCUAGAACAUGAUCCAAUAUUCUUACAAACUAAAUUAUGUCAAACUGUAGCUGGGCUGUUUGUCUGGGCAGCUCUAUUUUUGACCUGUAGUCAAAUCUAUCAUCAUCUCAGGUGGUAUACAAAUCCCUCUGAACAACGUUGGAUCGUAAGGAUACUAUUUAUUGUACCAAUUUAUGCUAUAUACUCAUGGAUAAGUCUCUUAUUCUUCAACUCACAUACCUACUAUGUAUAUUUCUUCACAGUUCGUGAUUGUUAUGAAGCAUUUGUAAUCUAUAACUUUUUAUCCCUAUGUUACGAGUACCUAGGAGGAGAAUCAAAUAUUAUGUCUGAAAUCCGGGAAAAACCUAUUAGAUCUAGCUGUAUGUUUGGUACUUGUUGUCUAAAUGGAAAGACUUACACCAUUGGAUUUUUAAGGUUUUGCAAACAAGCAACCCUACAGUUUUGUCUGGUAAAACCUAUAAUGGCGUUUAUAAUUAUAUUCUUACAAGCUUUUGGGCACUAUAGAGAUGGAGAUUGGAGCCCUGAUGGUGGUUAUUUAUACAUUACCAUAAUAUAUAAUAUAUCUGUAUCUCUUGCCUUAUAUGGAUUAUUCUUAUUCUAUUUUGCUACCAGAGACCUGCUUACACCUUUUGAACCAGUAUUGAAGUUUUUCACAGUUAAGUCUGUUAUAUUUUUAUCAUUUUGGCAAGGAGUUGCUUUAGCCAUCCUCGAAAAGGCUGAUGUUAUUUCUCCUAUGGUAGAUAGUAAUGGAGUACGCACAUAUGGAACAGUUUCUGCAGGUUACCAAAAUUUUCUAAUUUGCAUCGAAAUGUUCUUCGCCGCUGUAUCUUUAAGAUACGCAUUUCCUUACAAAAUCUAUGCUCAAGGGUGCCGAGCCGACUCAAGAGGACGAUCAGUUACGAUGCAGAGCAUUUCAAGCAGUCUCAAAGAAACCAUGAAUCCCAAGGACAUUAUGACUGACGCCAUCCACAACUUCCAUCCUCAAUACCAACAGUAUACUCAGUACAGCUCAAAUGUGAUCUCGCGACAACCUUACGAAAGUUUGUGACAAACACAGUUCAGUGAUGAUUAACUAAGUUUACUUGGUUAGUCAUUCACUGAGCUGCAUUCCUUACGUACUUAUCUACAAAAUAAUGCUUUACGAUCUAAUUUAUUUUAAGAAAUACAUAUAAUACAGAAAGUAUCUUUUAUCUUAUUAUUGAUGUUAGUCGAAAUUACAUUUAAGAUCUAGAUAAAGGGAAAACUAAGCUUUUGAAUUGCUCCGCGUCUGAUUAAAAUAUGCAAACAUUUGAUUAAUAAGAUUGAAUUUCAUUCAAUUUGAACGCAUUCUCAUACUUCUCAGUCUUUCUUACUUAUUUCUAACUUCAUUUUAUUUCACUUUUUUUUAUUUCUUCCUAUAGUCGAAGCAAUAAAGCACUGAACCUCUGAAAAAAAAAGGACAAGACGGAUCUUAGUAUGUAAUUCUUUUUGCAUUCGAUUCGUGAAUGAGCCAGGAAACUUGGUGACCCCUAGCCAUGAGAUAAUAUUGAAAAACUGCAUACAAAAAAUGCAUUCUUAAAGUGUAUCUCAAACAGACAAUAAAAAAAAUUCAGAACUCGUCAAUUAUCGGCGGAAAUGAGUUCAAUUUUGUUACCCUGGGGGUUUUUGAGGUCGUUGAAAACGAAUAUGACGUCAAAAGUGAUCUCCGGAGUACCUGGUGCCAAGGGUACCUACUGUGUACCUCGUCUUGUGGAGUUUUCGGCAAAUUCAUUAAAAAUUAGUCAAAAAUCAUUACUCGGGGGUUUUUGGGGCCGCUAACGACGAAUAUGACAUCGGAAGUGAUUUUCGGAGUACUUGGUGCACAGGGUACCUACUGUUUACCUCGUUUUGCGGAGUUUUCGGCAAAAAAAUUAGUCAAAAAUAAUUACUCGGGUGUUUUUUGGGUCGCUAACGACGAAUAUGACAUCGGAAGCGAUCUCCGGAAUACCUGGUGCCCAGUGUACCUACUUCUUAUGGAGUUUUCGGCAAAUUCAUUAAAAAAUUAGCCAAAAAUCAUUACUCGGGGUUUUUGGGUCGCUGACGACGAAUAUGACAUCGGAAGUGCUCUACGGAGUACUUGGUACCCAGGGUACCCACUGUUUACCUCGUUUUCUGGAGUUUUUGGCGAAUUCAUUAAAAAAUUAGUUAAAAUCCAUUACUUGGGGGUUUUUGGGGUCUCUGACGACGAAUAUGACAUCGGAAGUGAUCUCCGGUGUACCUGGUGCCAGGGUACCUACCGUUUAUAUUGUAACUAAUGAUGUUUGACUAAUUUUUUAAUGAAUUUGCCGAAAACUCCAGAAAACGAGGUAAACAGUAGAUACCCUGGGUACCAGGUACUCCGUAGAUCACUUCCGAUGUCAUAUUCGCCGUCAGCAACCCAAAACCCCCCGAGUAAUGAUUUUUGGCUAAUUUUUUAAUGAAUUUGCCGAAAACUCCAUAACAAGUAGGUACCCUGGACACCAGGUAUUCCGGAGAUCGCUUCCGAUGUCAUAUUCGUCGUUAGCGACCCCAAAAAUCUCCGAGUAAUUAUUUUUGACUAAUUUUCUACUAAAUUUUUUGCCGAAAACUCCACAAGAGAGCUAAACAGUAGGUACCCUGGGCACCAAGUACUCUGAAAAUCACUCCCGAUGUCAUAUUCGUCGUUAGCGGCCCCAAAAACCCCCCGAGUAAUGAUUUUUGACAAAUUUUUUAAUUAAUUUUAAUGACGAGGUAAACAGUAGGUACCCUUGGCAACAGGUACUCCGGAGAUCACUUUUGACGUCAUAUUUGUUUUCAACGACCUCAAAAACCCCCGAGUAACAAAAUUGAACUCAAUUCCGCCGAUAAUUGACGAGUUCUGAAUUUUUUUAUUGUCUGUUUGAGAUGCACUUUAAGAAUGCAUUUUUUGUAUGCAGUUUUUCAAUAUUAUAUCAUGGCUCCGGUUCACAAAGUUUCCUGGCGCAUUCACGAAUCGAAUGCAAAAAGAAUUAUUAAGAUCCGUCUUCUCCUUUUUUUUUUGCGGAGGUAAGACCGAUUUUAGUGCUUUAUUGCUUUGUCUACUAUUAUCAUUGAAUAUAAAAGGAACUACAAAUCUGAACAAAACUUUCAUAAUUGAUCGUACGGAACUUAUUUCAAAUUAUGUUAUUUAAAAGUUAAUGUAAGCAAUAUGAAUAAUAUCAUAGAAAUAUACUACUUAGUGCCAUUUGUUUAAACCAGUCAAUACGACUUUUAGAUUUUAUUAAUACUUUCCCUUCAGCUGGUUCGCCAAGUUUUUCAACUUCAGGUUCUUCUCAUGAGGAGUAGAAAUCGGUAUCAGAGCAUUUAUAGUCUGAAUCAGCGCUGUCGUCACUGUCAUAAAAAGGAUCUUGUGGCUCUUCCAAAUCAAAUAAGUUUUUGGCUGUAUCUUCCAUUUGUUUUUGCUUGAGAGCGCGAUUCAUCCUGAAACGCAGUAAAUACUGUUAUACUAGAAAACACUGCUGGGAUAAAAAUAUUCUCUGUUUGAUUCAUUACAAUCAGCGCUGUCGUCACUGUCAUAAAAAGGAUCUUGUGGCUCUUCCAAAUCAAAUAAGUUUUUGGCUGUAUCUUCCAUUUGUUUUUGCUUGAGAGCGCGAUUCAUCCUGAGCAUUAGAUACUGUUAUUCUAGAAAACACUGUUGGGAUAAAAAUAUUCUCUGUCUGAUUCAUUACUGUUAGGAUGUAUAAGUCCUAGAAGGCAUAUAUUUCACGGUUAUAUAAAAAAACUUUGAAAAUGGAUAACCAUUUUCAAUUUCGUUGCAACACAAAACUACAGCCGCAUCAUAUUCUAGUUCAAUCAGAGAGUGCAGCAAGCACCUCUACCGGUUUCGAAACUUAUUAGUCUCUCAUCAGGAGGUACAUAUGCUGCUCUCUCUGACCCAACCAGGACAAACCCCGGCGUGCAGUUACGGAUUGCAACGAACGAAAUGACAGGGAUGCCCUAGCGGCAACUGCUAGCAAAAGACUAAGUUUUCAAUCUAAUAGCACAUAAAAUAAUACUAAAAAUAUUACUCUACAUCCCACCAGAUUGAAAACAAUGGGAACCUUCUCUGGUUACACCUCCGAGGCUUCUAAAAUUUGUAAGCCAUAACGGAUGCUGAGACUAAAGAAGAUGAGGGAAUUUUACAAUUUAUAAUUCACGUCCCAUCUGCUCAGCGCGGUAAAGUUCCAACGAGAAUGGUCCCAUCUACCCCGCUGAGCAGUUUUUAAUUCCAAACAACUUUUCAUAAUAGAUAUUUUCAAUAUUGUGAAAAAUAAAGCUACUUUACUCUUGAGUGAUAUUCAAACUUUUUGACAUACCUCGUAUAACAUUCAUAAAAUUUGAUAUCUGAUGGUUGAAUCCUGGGUUUUGGACCAUGCAGAACUUUUUAUAAAGAAUAACUUUUUUUCGUAAAAUUAAUAAUAAAAAAGUUUGCCAUAUGGAUACAACUUACAGGGACAUACUGUAUAUUUUGGUUUUUUCAACUAAACAGUUGAUUACAAGAUUAUUAAAAAAAAAGACCAAAUGCUUCAGUGACAUUUUUUGCGCGUCCUUACAACCAGGUGGAUGAAUCAAUAUACCGGGUGUCCACUUAUAUUUUCCCCCAUUUUAACUACCUAUAACUUCUAAACGGCUUAAGAUAGAAAUAUGCGGUUUUCGAUGAAAUGUUUUAUUUUAGUAAAAGUUUUGCCUGAAUGGAUUGAGAUUUUUAUAUCGCUUUCAAAUACGAAAAGAAAAAUGGCGGAUUUUUGAAAAAAACGUUGUUGAAUUUUUUUUUAUGGAACACCCAGUAUAUUUUUUUGUAAAUUGAAAGAAAGGUCAUUCACCUAUCCAGCGAUAUAAAGUUUUUCAAAAUCGGUUGUCAAAUCACUGAGUAAUUAAUUUUUAAAAUGAGCGGUGCAACGUGGAUAUCACAUAUCACAUACCUAAAUAACAUAACUAAGCAAAAUGAUAUUAUGUUAUGUGAUUUCCACAUUGCAUCUUUCAUUUUAAAAAUUAUUUGCUCAGUCAUUUGACAACCGAUUUUAAAAAAUUUAAUAUCGCUGGAUAGGUAAAUGACCGUUUUUUCAAGCUACAAAAAAAUAUACUGGGUGUUUCAAUAAAAAAACUCAACAACGUUUUUUUCCAAAAAUCCGCCAUUUUUUAUUUAAAAGCCACAUUAAAAAUUGUCAUUUACCUAAAAACUUGAAAAAACGGUCAUUUCCCUAUCCAACGAUAUAAAUUUUUUAAAAAUCGGUGGUCAAAUGACUGAGCAAUUAAUUUUUAAAAUGAGAGAAGUAAUGUGGAAAUCACAUAACAUGAUAUCAAUUUACUUAGUUGUGUUAUUUAGGUAUGUGAUAUCCACGUUGCACCUCUCAUUUUAAAAAUUAAUUACUCAGUGAUUUGACAAUCGAUUUUGAAAAACUUUAUAUAGCUGGACAGGUGAAUGACGUUUCUUUCAAUUUACAAAAAAAUAUACUGGGUGUUCCAUUAAAAAAAGUCAACAACGUUUUUUUUCAAAAAUCCGCCAUUUUUCUUUUCGUAUUUGAAAGCGAUAUAAAAAAUUCAGUCCAUUCAGAUAAAACUUUUACUAAAAUAAAACAUUUCAGCGAAAACCGCAUAUUUAUAUCUUGAGCCGUUUAGAAGUUAUAGGCAGUUAAAAUGGGGGAAAAUAUAAGUGGACACCCGGUAUUAUGACUUCUUGUUCGAUAAGUUAGUGGUGGUGUGCUCCAUUUUUAAAUCUUAUCUUUUCUCAAAGGGGUCACAAUCUGACACAGGUUUUGCGGAAAUCAAAAACAACUUACCGAUAUAAAAGUAAUCAGAUAUUAAUUCAUCAUUAUCAUCACUUUCAUUCUGUUCAAUUAUAAUAAGCUCUCACUAUACUACUCGUGAAGUUUAUCGAAGUUCAGCAAGUAUGAGAGUGUAGAGAGGUACUUCAUGCGACUUCGCUUCUCCUCGGGCUACUUCCAUUCUAUGUCGGUUUUUGCGACCGAGUCAAAGGACUCGAAGUUAGUUCUUCCCCGCGCGAAUGUGUCCUUGAAGUUGAACGAGUGUGUAGAGAUGCACUUCGGACAACUUUCCCUAGUAUGUACUUCGUCGAGGAACUUCGCGAGAGUGUAGAGCUCGCUUAUGAUUCUUAUCAUGGCUGUCUAAACUUUCAUUAUCUGAUUCUAAAUACAGAAUCGAUUUCGAUAUCACUAAAUUGAUUGUCGUCAUUAUAUACAUAAUAGUUUUUCUAACUCCACUUGAGUUAGGGAACGUUUACUUGAACUUGCCAUUUAUUUAUUUAUUUCAACUAAAAAAGGAUAAUUAGUUUUUUAUAAAUAUUAGUAGGUAUUAGUAAUAGUAGUAGAUAUUAUUUAAUUUUAAACUGUAAUCUUCUUCUAAUAUCACUAAUAAAAUCAUUCCUUAAAAACAUACUUUCUAUCCAAUGACUAUUUAAUAGAAAAAUAUAUACGUAUCUAGUGUACCUUGCGGCGGCUAUACCUUAAAUUUGUUUCUGUAUUAUAUAAAAUGUAAUAAGGUUAAAGCUUUACAAGUCGAAAAACAUAGGAGCAAAUUAUAUAUAUCGAGACAAAAGAAACAUCUAAAAGCAUUAUUUUGUAUAACAUGGAUAUUCAUGAUACUAUUUAAAGACAUCUACCAGCUGUUGUAUUUAAAGUUGACGAUCAAACGUAAGUUUAUCUUCGUUUAGUAUGAUUAAUAAAUGUUACUUAUUUUUUUUACUUAUUAUAGUUAACUUAAGAAUCUAUAAUCAAUAAAUGUGUUAUAAGUGUUAAA